AUGGGUCAGGCAGCAUCCAUCGAGAAAGAAGAAGUAGAAGAUGAACAAGGUGAUGAAGAAGAAGUGGAAGACACAGAAGAAGAUAAAAUUGCUGAAGAGGCUCAAGAAAUAGAUACAAGAGAUGGAGGAAGACCCAGGCCAAAACUCUUUAUGACCAACCUUGUACCACCUAAAAUUCCAGAUGGAGACAGAGUUGACUUUGAUGACAUCCACCGGAAACGGAUGGAGAAGGAUCUUCUGGAAUUACAGACCUUAAUUGAGGUGCAUUUUGAGAACAGAAAGAAAGAAGAGGAGGAAAUCAUUGCUUUGAAAGAAAGAAUUGAGAACCGCCGAGCAGAAAGAGCAGAACAGCAUAGGAUUCAGGCUGAGAAAGAGAAAGAGCGACAAUCCAGGAUUGCAGAGGAAAGAGCCAGGAAAGAAGAGGAAGAAUCAAGAAAGAGAGCAGAAGAAGAUGCAAAAAAGAAAAAGACUAUGUCAAAUAUGUCCAUGCACUUUGGAGGUUACAUGCAAAAGAUUGAAAGUCGCCGAGGAGGGAAAAGACAAACAGAGAGAGAAAAGAAGAAGAAAAUCCUGGCAGAGAGACGCAAAUCUUUAGAUAUUGAUGAUCUGAAUGAAGGUGAACUGAAGGAGAAAGGCAAGGAGCUGUGGAAGUGGCUGUACCAACUGGAAGCAGAAAAAUUUGACUUACAGGAGAAAAUGAAACAACAGAAAUAUGAGAUUAAUGUACUUCGAAACCGAGUCAAUGAUCAUCAGAAGGUCUCAAAGCGUGGCAAGGGGAAAGUUUCAGGUCGUUGGAAAUGAGGGAAGUAUGGAAUCACGUCUGAUAUUUGGCAGAAGCAUUUGUCAAAUGAUCCCGUAAUCUCAAUUGCAACUGUUCUACUACUCUCAGUCAACUCCUAUCAUGUCCUGUCUAAUUCUUCUCCUUUAGUUUCUUUGAAAGAACAUUCUAAUUUGACUACUGUAGUUAUCAUGUCAUUCAAUGUUUUAGUAUCUAUGAUGACAAAACCCUUGUUAUAUUUUAAGUAUUUCAUUUUUUUGUGGUUCAAAGUGGUCAAUGUUUUGCAUAAUACUUGUUUCUUUGUCAUGAAUGAAAUCUGACCAUUUAUUUAAAUAGUAAUGAGGGCAGAAAGCAAAUCACUGCAAACCACAGUUAAGCUUUUUUUAUUUGCUGAUGGGCAAAUUAUUUCAGGAUGACUGUUUUCCGCUCGACUAUCAAGUGGAUAAAGCUGAUGACUUGAGGCACUUGAACAUUUCCAACUAAUUUGUAGAGAAUGUUUCAUGAAAAUGCCUAAUUAUUUUAUUUCUGAGCUAAUGUUUCUCCAGAAAAGAAACUGCAAAAUUGCAGAGACAGUGAAGAUUUGAGCCUUGUUCGUUCUCUGAAUUCUAGUUUAUGAUGACUUAGCAUAUGUAUUGAACCAAAAUCCCAAAUGUUGGAGGCAUAACAAUGCACAGUUGAAACAGUGAGCAUUUUGAAUUUCAAGAGAAUAUUCAUGAGCCAAAACCGCUGUUUGAGUUUUAAUGUGUAAAAUAAUUGCCGUGAACAAAAGU